AUGAUGGCCGCACAGCUCCAGAAAGCCAGCGGGGCUUCUUCGGGAUCGUCAAGCGAGGCGACGGCUCUCGGAGCCGCUGCUGCUGCCCCAGCCGUGCCGCCGGCUACAGCUCCAGUCACCGAAGCCACGCCCCUGCGCAACCGCGCCGGCGAAAGCAACAGCCCGUAUGUGCGUGCGCAAGCGGACACGCCCGUCAACUGGCAGCUGUUUGGACAAGAUGCACUUGAUCGUGCCAAACAGGAGAACAAGCCUAUCUUCCUGCACAUUGGCUUUCUCGCCUGCCAUUACUGUCAUCUGACGACACAAGACUCUUUCUCGAACCCUUCCAUCGCUUCCAUACUUAACGAGUUUUUUAUUCCUAUCGUUGUCGACCGCGAAGAGCGCCCGGACAUCGACGCUGUGUACUGGAACUACCUGCAACUGGUCAACAGCAGCGCGGGCUGGCCGAUCAACGUGUUCCUCACGCCCGACCUGGAGCCCGUGUUUGGCGGCAGCUACUGGCCUGGCCCGGGUGCGGAGGCGAGCGGACGUGACAAACAGAGCGGAAGCGAGGACGGGGAGGAGGAGCUGAUUGGCUUCCUCGGCGUGCUGGAGAAGCUGCGCCAGUCUUGGACCGAACGCGAGGCGCAAUGCCGGACGGAGGCCCAGGAGACAGUUGUUCAGCUGCGGAAAUUUGCUGCCGAGGGCACGCUUGGUCCUCGUGGUUUGCUCAAGCCGGGCGAGUCUAAAACCAACGAGACAAACCUGUCGAGCGAGCUCGAUCUUGAUAUCGACCAGCUUGAUGAAGCCUAUAGCACGUUGAGGCAGACGUUCGACCCUGUGAACGGUGGCUUUGGUGUUGUUCCCAAGUUCGUCACACCCGCAAAAUACUCGUUCCUGCUACAGCUCGGCAGCUUCCCUUCCGUUGUGCAGGACAUUGUUGGCGAUACCGAGGUUUCCAGCAUUGUCCAGAUGGCGCUCUUCACGCUUCGGAAACUGCGCAAUAGCGCUCUGCAUGACCACCUGUCUGGUGGCUUUGGCCGGGCCAGCCACACCAUCAACUGGUCCCUGCCGCAUUUCGAGAAGCUCAUCCCCGACAACGGCCUGUUGCUGAGCCUGUACCUCGAUGCGUGGCUGUACACUCUGCGCGCACCCAAGUCGGACCUUUCCAGUAGCUCAGCAGCUGAGACACAACCUGAGUUCCUUGAUGUAAUCUACUCGCUCGCCGACUACCUCUCGAGCGCACCCGUGCGUCUUGAGGGAGGCGGUUUUGCCAGCAGCGAAUCCGCCGACUCGUACUACCGGAAAGGCGACCGCCACGUGCGGGAGGGCGCGUACUAUGUCUGGACACGACGAGAGUUUGACACAGUGGUCGGUGGAGGCAACGGCCACAACGACAUGGACGCUCGUGUGGCGGCGGCUUACUGGAACGUGCUGCAGGACGGCAACGUGGACCGUGACAAUGAUCCGUUUGACGAGUUUAUCAACCAGAAUGCUCUCUAUGUGAGCAAGGACACGGCCGAGCUGGCGAGACAGUUCAACAUCCCGCGUGAGAACGUCGAGCGCAUCACGACCGAGGCACGGACAAAGCUGGCUGCGCACCGCGAAAAGGAGCGUGUGCGGCCCGCACUAGACGACAAGGUGGUGGUGGCCGGCAACGGUCUCGUCAUCGGUUCGCUUGCACGCACCGGCGCCGCACUCAAGUUCGGUGGCCACAGCGCGGAGAAGGGCGAUAAGUACAUCACGGCUGCGCGAGACGCUGCCAAGUUUAUUCAGGAAAACCUGUGGGUUGCAAAGGACAAGAAGCUGUACCGCGUGUUUGUGAACGGCAAGCGGGAGGACGUGCACGCGUUUGCGGAAGACUACGCCUACCUGAUUGAGGGUCUUUUGGAGCUGUACGAGGCCACGGGCGAGGCCGAGUGGCUGGAGUGGGCCGAUGAGCUGCAGGAGCAACAAAUCAAGCUGUUCUACGACAGCCCCGGUGUGCCCUCGACGCAAACGCACUCGUCCAGCGGCGGUUUCUAUCGCACGCAGGAGUCCGGAAACGACGUCGACCUGCUGCGCCUCAAGGACGGUAUGGACACGACACUGCCGGCGACCAAUGCCGUGGCGGCGUCCAACCUGUUCCGCCUCGGCAGCAUUCUGAACGACAACACCUACACGCACCUCGCACGCGAGACAAUUCACGCCUUUGAGGUCGAGAUGCUGCAGCACUCGUGGCUGUUUCCCGGCCUGCUCUCGCAAAUUGUGGCGGCACGCCUCGGCGGUCCGCAGGUGGCCGCACUGGCCGCUGGCCCCUCGGCCUCGGAUCCCGUGGUGGCUGAGUACUUCCAGCGACCGCGUGCCGGCCUGAGGAGUCUGGUCUAUGUGGACGGUGGUGCAGGCAACGGCAAAGAGACGACAGCAGCUGCGUGGCUACUUGGCCGCAAUCCGAGUCUCGUCGACCUCCCUACAAAGGAGGCCGCUGCAGAGGACGGCGGCAGCUCGUACGUGCUGAAGGAUGGUAAGUGGGAGAAGGCGUCGCCGGUCGACUUGGUAGUGAACGUCGAGGCGAGUAGUUGA